AUGCGAUUGACCGUCGAGCUCAUCCAAAACUCGCUGUCGUACAUCAACCCGCUAAAAGAGCGCGAACUGGAUCUCCGAGGUCAUAAGAUUCCUGCCAUUGAGAAUCUUGGUGUCGCGAAGGAUCAAGAUGCCAUCGACUUCACGGAUAACGACAUCACGUCGCUGUCGAAUUUCCCGUAUUUCCCCCGCCUGCGAACCCUGCUGCUUGCGCGCAACCGCGUCAAUCAUAUCUCGCCGAACCUGGCGUCGUCCAUACCGAACCUGACGACCUUGGUGUUGACGUCGAAUAACAUGGCCGAGUUGGCGGAUCUCGACCCGUUGCAGCAUUUCCCCCGGUUGACGCACCUGGUGUUGAUGGACAAUCCGGUUACGAGGAAGGAGCAUUACCGACUCUGGGUUAUCUGGCGCAACCCCAACAUCCGGUUCCUCGACUACCAAAAGGUCAAAGACGCGGAGCGCGCCAAGGCCAGAGAGAUGUUUGGCACGCCGGAAGAACCGUCGGCGCUCGCGUCCAAGAUCAUGGGCAUCAAGUCUCGCACCUUCGACGUGCCGUCCACCGCGCCCGGUGCCGAACGCGCCGCGCCAGGCGAGAAGGCCAUCCGAGUCAAGCUGACGGAAAAGGAGAAGAAGCGCGUCGAGAAGAUGAUCCGCGAGGCGAAGAGCCUGCAAGAGAUUGCCCGGCUGGAGAAGGAGCUGAACGAGGGACGCAUCCCGGCCGGCGCCAUGGAGGGCGCGUCUGAUGAAGAAGAAGAGGGUGAUAAGAUGCAGACGUGA